CCCCAACACGGCAGUUUCUUCCUACUAUUAGUCGGAGUAUUAUUUAUUAGUAGUAUUAGUAAUGUACAUUGAUCGUGAAAUUAAAGAUGGAAACUUUGUGCUCAAAUAUUAAUGUUGGAUCAUCAAUCUCCAAAUCAUUAUUUUGUUAUAGAUUUCCAUCCAUAACACAUAAAAGAGGGGUUGCUUGUGGGAGAAAGGAGCUUCCUAUGAAAAAGCUGAGAGAGAAUGAUCAAAAUUUGAUGAAAUGGAUAGGGAAAGGAGUUAUUGGAUUAGCUGCUGCUACUGCUUUGUCCUUCUCCUCUUAUUCUCCAGCUUUCGCUCACUCUUUAACUGUAGCAUUCCCUGUCUCUCACACACCUGAGGUAAACACAGUUCAGAGGACCUUAAUUGAGGCUUGGAGUUUGAUUAGAGAGACAUUCGUAGAUCCAACUUUCAAUCAUCAAGAUUGGGAUUUGAAACUGCAACAAACCAUGGUAGAAAUGUUUCCAUUGAGGUCAGAAGAUGCUGCCUAUAGCAAAGUAAGGGGAAUGCUAUCUACGCUUGGAGAUCCCUAUACACGCAUUAUUAGUCCUAAGGAGUACCAAAGUUUUAGAAUAGGAAGUGAUGGAAAUUUACAAGGUGUUGGACUCUUUGUCAGUGUUCAACCAAAUACAGGCCACCUGGUUGUUUUGUCCUGUGUGGAGAAUAGCCCAGCUGCACGUGCUGGCAUUCAUGAAGGAGAUGAAUUGCUUGAGAUAAAUGGUGAGAGGCUUGAUGGAGUUGACAGUGAAACAGCAGCUCAAAAACUGAGGGGCCGUGCUGGUACAACUGUUACAGUCAAAGUUCACAGAGGUAAUGGUGCAGGAGUAUCCAGUUAUCAAGAGGUUAAACUACCUCGCGAAGUGAUUAAGCUUUCACCAGUAUCCAGUGCCAUCAUCCCUCAUAAAAUGCCUGAUGGUCGUCUCUUGAAAACUGGAUAUGUAAAGUUGUCAAGCUUCUCUCAGUCUGCUGCUAUGGAAAUGGAAAACACAAUUCAGGAUAUGGAAAAUCAGGGUGUGCAAUCAUAUAUAUUAGAUCUUCGGAAUAAUCCUGGAGGUCUCGUUACGGCUGGGUUAGAUGUUGCCCAGAUAUGGCUAGAUGGCGAUGAGACACUUGUGAACACUGUUGAUAGGGAUGGAAACAUGGCACCAAUUAGCAUGGUCAAUGGACAUGCUGUAACACACGAUCCACUUGUCGUCCUUGUGAAUGAGGGAAGUGCAAGUGCUAGUGAGAUUCUGGCCGGGGCACUCCAUGAUAAUGGUCGUGCAAUCCUUGUCGGGCAUAAGACUUUCGGGAAAGGAAAGAUACAGAGUGUUACACAGUUGCACGAUGGAUCGGCUCUAUUUGUUACAGUAGCCAAGUAUUUGUCUCCAGCACUUCAUGACAUCGAUCAAGUGGGAAUAACACCUGAUGUUCAGUGUACAGUUGAGAUGCUUAAUUCAGCCAAAGACACCUUUAAGGAAAGGAAAACAUCCUCAUCAUCUUUGGAGGCUGAUUCUUGCAUCAUGGUUGCUGAACAUGAAUUGGAUAUUCAAGAAUCAAAGGGUUCUGCUUCUUGACUAGUUAGCAUAGGAGAUUCAAAAUGGUACAAGUUGUUUAUGAAUAUGAAUUAUAUAU